CCGGGACUCAGAGCUGCGCCUCUCCCACUCCCCACAGCUUCUUAAGGAUUUUGUUUCUCAGGGAUGGCCGCAUCUAUUCUGGAGGUAGGGAAUGUAAUUGAAGACACACGCUAUGGCUCCAGUCCUCUGGCUAUGUUAACUGCUACCUGUAACAAGUUUGGCAGCACCAGCCCAGUAAGGGAUUCAGCUACACCCAGUAAAACAGCCAGUAUCACUCCAGUAAAGAAGCCCUACACUAUGGCGUCUGACCUUCAGACAGCUAAAAACAGCCGAACAACAGACAGCACCGGCCUGACGGACUCCUACACUGGCUCGUUCACCACAGCUGGAGGAGGCGGAGGAGGUGGGCUGCUUACUCCCACUGGAAGCCCCCCUCAUUCAGCCGGAGGCUAUACUACAGAAUAUAACCCUUUCUCCCACUCCUUCCAGACCUCAGUCUCCCAGGACCCGUCCCUUUUAGUGUCCAAGGCCCAUGCUACGGCCGACUGUCUUACCAGUGUCUAUACCUCACUGGAUAUGACACAUCCUUAUGGCUCCUGGUAUAAGGCUGGGAUCCACCCAGGCAUAACUGCUGCUCCAGCUAAUCCAACAUCCUCCUGGUGGGAUGUGCACCCCAAUUCCAACUGGCUGUCAGCAACUCAGUCCCAAACUGAUGGAGGUCUCCAGGCUUCUCUGCAGCCUGUAGCACCCCAGGCAUCCCUUAGCCCACAGCUGCCAAGUUACAGCACCGACUUUACCCAACUCAACCCUGCUCCAUACCCCUCUGUGGGACUAGGCUCCUCAUCACAUCUCCUCCAACCUUCCCAGCACAUGCUGCCCCAGGACAUGUACAAGCCCAAGCCUGUGCCAAGUGCGGGGCUUAUUGAGAGUCCCAUGGGCCUAAAGCCUGCCCGGGGAUCAGGAGGAUACAGUGGAGGGGCUACUCCCAGCAGGUCGUCAUGUGACUGCCCCAACUGCCAGGAGCUGGAGAGACUGGGAGCCUCAGCUGCAUCCCUGCGGAAGAAACCAGUCCACAGCUGUCACAUCCCAGGUUGCGGGAAGGUGUAUGGCAAGGCCUCUCACCUAAAAGCACAUCUGCGUUGGCACACCGGCGAGCGACCAUUUGUUUGCAACUGGCUGUUCUGCGGGAAGCGUUUCACCCGCUCUGAUGAAUUGGAGAGGCAUGUGCGCACCCACACUCGGGAGAAGAAGUUCACUUGUCUACUGUGCAACAAGCGCUUCACACGCAGUGACCAUCUCUCAAAGCAUCAGAAGACCCACACAGACUCUGCACUGCAGGGUAAAGCUGUAGCCGUGGAAGGUGAUACAGAUCCUCGGAGUGAAGAGAGCACAGAUCUCAACUCCAGCUCUAUACCUGCCAAUCCUGUUCCUGACCAAAUCACCAAUGGAGAUGAGAAGACUGGCAAAUCAAAUGGAGUAGAGAACAGCAGUGGAUUGUUGGAGAUCUGACUGCCUUAAGUCUUCCAUCCAAUUAUAUUUUCUGACUUUAUAGGCAUGUUUUUUUCAUGGAGUUAGAAAACUCUAACAAUUUUUUCUUAGUUCAAAAACACAAAGGAUAUGAGACAAUGUGUGGGAAGACUUAUAAUGAUAAAUGACUGAAUAUGGUACAUGUAGCAAUCAUUUCAUCUCUGGACCACACACAACUAGAGCAAGCCUGCAAACAUAGUAGCACAAAUAUAUGCAGACAUACAAACAACUUCAUGCACAAACACACACAGCUAAGCCAUAUAUGAGCACAAAUAUUACACACACAUGGGGACAUUUGCAUGCACAUAACUAUGAGCAAAUGCGCAAGCAUAUAUAAUGCAUUCAUGCAUGCAAGGGUACCCACAAAGUUAUGCCUGUUCAGACACACAUACAAGUAAACAUGCUCAUGCACACAUUUUGUAGACUGCACACAUUUUCUGCCUUUCAAAUGAGACAAACCACUGGGGAAAUUUAAUCUGCAAAAGCAGAAGGAAAAGAGCUCUGAGGCUGCAAAAGGAACGAAGUUUUACAACAAGACCUAUGGUUGGGUUGACGGAGUUGAUGGAGCAUUGCAUGCCCGGAGAAAAACUGAUUUGCAGCUGUACUUUGAUACUUAUUCAUUAUUCUUGAAACAAUCAACACAGUGUUUUUUUACAGCUUGUAAUUGUCAGACUCUCUAAUGUAAAAGAUAUAUUGCAUUUCUCUUUUGUUUUCUACUUAUUAUGUUUAAUUUAAUUUCAUAUUUACUUUAUUAAUCUAAUUUAUGUCUUAAAUUAUGCACAUGAAAGAUUAUCUUGCACCCUGCAGGAAAUAUUCUACAAACAUAAAGCAAUGGUUAAAGUUGGCCAAAAGGAAAGACUUUUUUUUUCUUAUUUAUUAGUUAUUAGGUGGAGUUUAGGAAGUAUGUUUUCAAAGUUUUAUUUAUAGAUCUUAAAGCUUAAACAAAAUUGUAUAAUCUUUUAAUUGUGAAUUCUUUUACACCUGACAAAAUUAGUAAGUGGUUUCUAAUUUUUAAAUGUAUAUACUAUAUAUUGAUAACAAUAUAUAGAUUUUGUUAGGUGUACUAUUUUUCUACCUUUUUUUAUGAGUUUCUAUGUUUUUGUGUAACUUUUCACCAUGAAACAGAACACAUGAUAGCAGCAACAUAAUCAUAAGUGCUUUAUUUCCUCAUGAUGGUAUGCAUGAGCUGCCACUGUUUGCUGACUUGUGAAAUGAGUGGAAAUGAAACUGUAAAUAGUGAUGAAUCAUUAAAAUACUUUAAGGGAAACAAAUUGUAAGGUUUAUGGCAUGGAAUUGUGAACAUUUUGGUGCUAU